GACUGGUAAUGAAAUAUGUUGCCCAAUCAAGGAAUUCUGGUGAAGUUAGAUGUUUGUUCAACUUUGAAGUUUUCAAAGUACACUUCCACAUACAAAGAAAUAAAUGAAUUCUUUAAAAAUGCCACUGGGAUUGGUCUUGAUGAAAAUUUGGACUUUCUUGAUGAUGAACUUGAUGAAAUAGAAAUGGAAACUGUUAACUCUGCAAUUAGUAGUUUAGAGCCAACCACUGCAGAGCCUGAACCUCAAGACUUAGAGCAGCCAAAUAAAAGAUUCAAGAGUGCUUCAGAAUCAGACAUAACAAGAUUAAAAGCUCAGAACACCGAGAGAACCACUGACAGCAGCACUAAAUGGGCCGUUGGCUUAUUAAAAGCCUGGAUGUCUGAAAAUGAGUAUCUGAAUGAAUCAUUUGAAGACCUGGAUCCGACAACACUGGACACGCUUCUUCAGCAAUUUUAUGCUUGUCUGCAGAGCAGGAAAGGUGGAAACUACUCCAAAUCAGCACUAGUUGGUAUUCGAGCAGGUAUUAACCGUCACCUCACGGCGCCACCAUUCUCGAGACUGCUGAAUUUAAUGAAGGAUCGUGAAUUCAUGGCAUCUAAUCAGGUUCUCACUGGAUUGAUCAAAGGUCUGAAAAGAGAAGGUAAAGAUAUUUCAAAAAACAAAGAGCCCAUUUCUGAGGAAGAUCACAUAAAAUUAUAUGAAAGUGGCGUGUUUUCAGAACAUAAGCCUGAAACAUUGCAGAACAAAGUAAUGUAUGAAAUAAUUGCUCAAUUUGGACGCCGUGGCAGGGAAGGUUUGCAAACACUGAAAAAAGAAUCAUUUGUUAUAAAAAAAGAUGCAAAAGAUAGGCGUUACCUAACAAUGGCCUAUAAUGAGGCAGAUAAAACGCAUCACGGACUUGACAGUCGAGAAAAAAGUAAGGAGCCAAGGAUGUAUGAAACGGGGGAUGACUUCUGCCCACUUAAAAGCUUUGAGAAGUACCUUUCAAAGCUCCAUCCACAAUGUGAAAGAUUAUUUCAACGGCCACAGCGAGUAUUUGCAGGUCCCGAGUCUGAAACCUGGUUUGAAAACUCUCCCUUGGGAGUUAACAAAAUAAAUGGCUUUAUGGCAAGGCUAUCCGAAGCAGCAAAAUUGUCACAAAGGUACACUAAUCAUUGUAUUCGGGCAUUUGUGUCUACCCAUUUGAGUCAUAAAGGGUUUUCAAAUGAAGCAAUCAUGGCUGUUACUGGACACAGGAAUGUACAAAGUCUGACAUCUUACAUAAAACCACAUGAUGAUGAAAAACAUAACCUUAGUAAUGCACUCACCUACAAAAGCAGGAAUUCUUCUGAGGUCAAGCCAUAUAAUCCAGUAAGUUCAGUGGUCGUACCAGAACCAGUAGUAGAAAUUGAAACAUCAGAGCCUAAGGAUCAACUCCAGUCACUGGACCAGUGUAGCCAGCUUCAAGUUGCUUCUUCAAGUUCAACAUCUGUAUCCUCAGUAAACAGGGUCAUGUCUGGUCGAGAAUUUCACAUUUUUUCUGGUGCAGUUAAUGCAGGCACAAUCAAUAUCAACUACUAUAACAGUAAAUAA